AUGGAAGAGGCGUACCGCCGGUUCGGAGGGAUGGAGCCCGGCCCGCUGGGGGCCUACCGGCAGCCUGGGACCCAGAACCAGAACCAGAACCACCUGUACCAUCAUCACCUGUCCGCUUCCUCCUCUUCCUCAGCCUACCACGCUCCGCCCGGGAGGCCGCAGCUGGCCGGGGCCCCGGCGGGCUUCUGCGGCGGCGGGGAGCUGCUCCCGGAGCCGGGGCGGGGCGGAGGGCCCGCCGCCUGGUUCGGCGGCCCGGAGCCCCGGUACCAGAGCAUCUCCAGGCUGAUGGGCGCGCAGGGCGCGGUGAGCCUCCCCGGCAUGUUGGGCGGCCUCCCCGGCACGGAGCUCGGCUCCAAGCCGCUGCUGUCGCUCCACGCCGCGCCGCGCCGCAAGCGCCGGGUCCUUUUCUCCCAGGCGCAGGUGUUCGAGCUGGAGCGGCGCUUCGAGCAGCAGAAGUACCUGUCCGCCCCGGAGCGGGAACACCUGGCCGGCCUCAUCCAUCUCAGCCCGAACCAGGUCAAGAUCUGGUUCCAGAACCACCGCUACAAGCUGAAGCGGCAGGCCAAGGACAAGGCCGCCCAGAAGCAGCAGCGGGAGGCCGGCCGCCAGAGCGCGGCCUCCCGCUGCUCCUCCGCCGGGUCCCCGCUCCUCUCAAAGGCAGAUCGGAGGUACCGGGGCGAACCGAGCCACACCGGGACCCGUCAGUCCGGCUCUGCUUACGCGGUAGCCAAUCAGAACCAGAACCAGCGGUCCUCCCCGGAGCAGCUGGAGGAUCUGUGCCCCAGCCCGCCGCUCGGCCUGCAGCCGCACAUCAGCCUGACGCAGACGGACUCGGCGCUCAUCGAGUACAGCAGCAGCAUGCUCGGGUCCAAUUUACUGUACGGCCGAACCUGGUAGAACCGGGAAAACUGGAGAACAUUCCCGAUCCAGGUCCGCAGGAGGGAAAAUGAUCCAGUUUUUAUUUCCGCGCGUCAAAACUGGGAUUCUUUACGCAGAAACUCGGACAUCCAGCGGGAUGGAGGAGAAAUAA